AUGCUCACACUGCAACCUCUGAUUGGCCAAGACCUCGAGUUGGCUGCUCGGGAGGUAUUCGCUACCGGGAUGAUGAGCAGAGUCCUAUUCAGAUGGAAAGAAGUGCGACACGUGCGAGAAAGCAUGCGCACCUCCUUCCUGACCUCGAACAUGACUUCCGAUACACACUGCCAAAAUCCUCUACCUCCUUCUGCCAACAAGAUGACCCGCCUGAGGCCAUCCCAAAUCUCAACAAGCCCAGCAAGCAGAGGGCAAGCUACAAAUGGCUCAAGUCUCAAGACACCGUACUCUGUCGAGGAGAAGCCUAUCGGCUCGGCAAGGCAUGUCAGAAUUGUGGGGAUUGGUGCUGGCGCCAGCGGGAUCAAUAUGAUCAGAACGCUCCGGAAGACUCUUACAAAUUUCGAGUUGGUAAUCUACGAGAAAAAUGAUGGAGUUGGAGGGACAUGGCACGAGAACCAGUACCCUGGUUGCCGAUGCGACGUCCCAAGCCACAACUACCAGUUCUCUUGGCGACCGAACCUCGAAUGGUCCAACUUCCAUGCGCCUGCCGAAGAAAUCAAAUCUUAUCUUUGCCAAAUCUGCGACGAUGAGAAUAUGUGGGAUACAAUCAAGACUCGACAUCAAGUCACUGGCGCUUGGUGGGACGAGGCUCGAGGACUCUGGGACUUGAAUGUCAAGGAUCUCGCAACCGGCUCAGAGUUUCACGAUGACGCAAAUUUUAUCGUGGACGCCUCCGGAAUACUCAAUAACUGGAAAUGGCCUGCCGUGAAAGAUAUCCAGGCGUUUCGGGGAAACCUAAUCCAUACUGCCAGCUGGCCAAAGGGGUUCGACUGCUCUGGCAAACGUGUGGCGGUUAUUGGCAAUGGUGCCACCGGCGUCCAAAUCGUGCCGGCAAUACAGCCAGGCGCAAAAAAGCUCUACCACAUAUUCCGCACGCCCACCUGGGUUGUCCCUCCAAGACUGAUGUCCAUGAAGUUGAUGGGAAGCCCAGCCUGGGAGAUACUGAAAGGAAUAGAGAUGGACGCGAACGAAGAUUUCAGUGCACCACAGAUCGAGAAGUUCAAGGCGGAUCCAGAUCUCUACAAUACGUUCGUCAAGGCUGUAGAGAAGGACAUCAACGGCGCCUUUCCCGUCGUUCUCAAUGGCAGUCCUGUACAAGCGUUUGCACAACAGAAGGUUGUCCAGUAUAUGACAGCAAUGCUCGGCGGAGAUGAGAAGCUAUGCAAAGCCUUGAUACCCACGUUCCCCCUAGGCACACGAAGAAUGACCCCGGCACCGGGAUAUCUUGAGUGUCUUCGGACGGGCAAUGUCGAGGUUAUCACGGGACAAAUUGCGAGAUUCGUGCCCGAAGGCAUCCAGCUGGAAUCCGGCGAGAUCAUCCUGCUAGAUGUCAUCAUAUGUGCCACAGGGUUUGACAACUCUUUCUGUCCGCGUUUUCCGAUAGUCGGCAGAAACGGCAAUGUCCAGGACAGGAUGAAGUUCGAGACGCCGAAAAGCUACAUGUCGUGUGCGUUGCCCGGCGUACCAAACUAUUUCACCUUUCUCGGGCCCAACGCGCCCAUUGGCCACGGCAGUGUCUUCACACUGAGUGAGCAUAUUGCGAGGUAUAUCGCUAGCAUCAUCCGCAAAUGCCAGACGGAGGGAAUCAGAGCCAUCGCACCGUCAGAGGCUGCCGUGAACGACUACAGCGAGCACAUCAAUACCUUCAUGCCACGGACCGCAUGGGGCUCGUCGGGCCGUUCCUGGUUCAAGGGCGGGAAGGAGGACGGGCCUGUCACUGCACUGCACCCUGGCAGCCGUAUACACUUCUUCCACAUGCUCGAGCACUUCAGGGGCGAGGACUGGGAUUACACAUACGAACAGGCUUCUCAGAACCGUUUCGCCUACCUAGGGAACGGGUUCUCGACCAAGGAACUGGAUCCUACUUUUGACUCAACUUGGUACCUCGACGACGCGGCAUGCAAAUUGUGA